AUGAAAAUGAGAAGCCUACCUGACACUAUUGCUGCAGCUGAGCUACCACAUCUGAUGCAGAGGCUGCUCACACAGUUAUUCUCUGCCAAGCAGGCUAAACUUAUGCUCCUGGAUGGCUGUUACCUGCUCCCAAAGCCACCGACAAACACCUCCAGAGGGAGCAGAGAUAUUAAUAUACGAUUCCAGCAUGGUUCAGAUAAGCAAGCUUUCAUGAUGGCAAUUCGCAACAGGUCACCUUUUUAUGGCUUCGAAGAGCAUUCCUUAACAUUCUACCCAGAUCUAUCCAGAGCAACACUGGAUGGGCAUAAGUCCCUGCGACUGCUCACUUGGGAGCUUACCAACAAGAAGAUUCCAUACAAGUGGGGUACACCGAGAUUCCUCUUGAAACUCCGUGACUCUGGGACAUUGAAGGAAUUCUAUAUACAUCCAAGACAGUAUAUCUUCCAAGCAGUAAAGAACCUCAGGGGAGGUCCCAGGACAGCAAUACCCGAGGUAUCCACGCAAAUCAUUUGUUACAUCGUCUUGGUGAUACUUGGAAUAGUAGGAAAUGUAUUGGUUCUAAUCACCUUGAUAGCUAACUCUGUUGAGAAAAAGACCCUUCCAGCUUCAGAUCUGAUACUUGCGCACCUCACAUUAAUUCACCUUCUUAUUUCCAUCUUGAGAAAUAUUCUGGUUGUCUGCUUCCAGAUUGGCUUUACUCUCUUAUUUUCCACAGGCUGGUGCAAAUUCUUCAUGUUCCUGUGGACUCUUCUCAGAUCAAUGAGUGUCUGGGGGACAUUUUCAAUUAGUGUUUUCCAUUACAUCCACGUAAAGAAUUACCAGUUGAAAGCGAGAAGGAAUGUUUUAUGGGAUAGCAUAAAAGCUCUCGCUAUGUUGUGGGUAUUUUCCAGCCUAUUCUUCAUUCCUGCUUUUAUGUACACAGAACGUGGCUACUCAAAUGUAACCUUUUCAGUCCAAUUAAUUGGAACGACUACACGGCCAGUCUUGGACUGCAUAUGGAACUUUCCAAGCCCUGCGGCAAAUCUGCUCUACGUAACAGCCACAUUGGUUAUUCAUGAGUUAAUUCCCGUCAUUCUCAUGGUAAGCACAAACAUCAGCACAUUACAUACCCUAAAUCAACAUUCCAAGACAAUAGGGGCCCAGAAGACCCUUAGCCGUGUUGCCUCGGAGCGUAAAGCAGCCCUUGUGAUCACCGUCCUCGUCAUUCUAUUUGUCACCUGCUGGGGAACCAAUGUGAUUGCUGUCAAUUGUUAUAACUUCACUCAAGGUUCUUCUUCCACUGCAUUCUUGUUGACUGUUGCAAAUUUUGGUGCCUACAUUUUUAUGGGCUUCAGCCCUAUGGUUUUACUUUUGGGACACAGUAAGUUGCGAAAUAAAAUGCUAAGCCUUUUCUGUAUUGAAUGGAAACAUCAACUUCAAGUCAAACCUGAAGAGAUCACAAGUAGUGGUGUGCCACAAAGUGGUAAUGUGACCAUUAUCAAGUUUUAGGAACCUUAAGAUGAAACGUUCUACCUUACACCAUUGCUAAUUAAAUCAUGUAAAUUGCUGUAACUCUUGUUAUAGGGACAGAAGACAGUAACAUUUUUUUUUAUUUUUGGGGGUAAUUUAAAGUGUGAGAUAAAGGUAAACAAAUUAUACUUUUCUUACAGAAGAAUGUGGUCAGUAAUCAUUGCAUUG